AUGUCGACUCCCACGACAGAUGUCGAGGCCGUCGCGCCAGUGUACAAAGUGUAUAAGCGACGGUUCUGGGGCUUGGCCCAGUUAGUCCUGCUAAACAUCGUCGUUAGUUGGGAUUGGUUAACCUUCUCCUCCAUCUCAACCACAGCAGCCGAAUAUUUCGAUGUAUCUGAGAGUGCCAUCAACUGGAUGAGCACCGCCUUCCUCUUUGCAUUCUGCGCCGUCAGCCCCCUCGUCAUCUGGAUCUUAAACAAAGGCGGCCCAAAGCAAGCCAUCGUAAUGACAGCAGCCCUGCUGCUAGUCGGCAACUGGCUCAGAUAUGCCGGCACAAAAGCAAACGGUGGUAUCUUCGGACUAGCAAUGUUCGGCCAGAUCCUCAUCGGCUUCGCGCAGCCCUUCUGUCUCUGCGCGCCGACACGAUAUAGCGAGCUCUGGUUCUCAGAUCGCGGCCGAACAAGCGCAACGGCUGUUGCCAGUCUGGCGAAUCCCCUCGGCGCAGCUAUAGGGCAGCUCGUCGAUUCGGUAUGGGCGACCAAACCUUCCGAUAUACCUAAUAUGGUGUUGUACAUCUCCAUUAUUUCAAGCGUCGCAGCAAUCCCUUCCUUCUUCCUCCCCGCCAAACCCCCAACCCCAGCAAGCGCCUCCAGUUCCAACACCCCGCAAACACCCCUCUUAACGGCAACAAAACAACUAAUCCGCACCUGGGAAUUCUGGCAAAUCCUCCUCCCAUUCUCCAUAUACGUAGGCUUCUUCAACAGCAUUAGCAGCCUCCUAAACCAAAUCCUCAGUCCAUACGGCUUCAGCGAAACAGAAGCCGGAAUCGCCGGCGCAAUCCUAAUAGUCGUUGGCCUGAUCACAGCAGCAAUUUUCUCCCCACUAACAGACCGCUAUAAACACUACCUCGGCAGCAUCCGCGUGCUCGUCCCGAUAGUUGCAGCCACCUAUAUCGGCUUGAUAUUCGCGCCGGGGAGUAGCGCAGGGAUUGCGCCGUCGUAUGUUGUCAUGGCGUUACUGGGCGCCUCGUCGUUUACCUUGUUGCCGAUUGUGCUGGAGUUCUUGGCGGAGAUUACUUAUCCCCUUUCGCCGGAGAUUGGGAGUACCAUUUGCUGGACUGGAGGGCAGUUGCUUGGGGCUUGUUUUAUUCUUAUUCAGGAUGCGUUGAAGAUGGGGGUUGGGGCGCGGGUGCCUGGGGAUAUGAGGAAUGCGUUGGUUUUUGCGGCUGUUGUUGCGGUUGUUGCUGCGCCUUUUCCUUUGACUAUUGGGUUGUUUGGGAGGGUUGUUGAGAAGAGGAGGUGGAUUGUUGAUUCGGGGAUUGGGUUGCGGGAUGCUGUUGGGGAUGAGGGUUCGAAGAAGGUUGAUAAAGUUGAUUCGGUUGAUUCUGGGGGUUCUGGUGUUUCUGCGAAGGAUUCUACAGCUCUUUUGCGCUGA